GGCCCUCUGGCAUGGCGAAAAUACGAUGAACAUUCAACAGUGAGAAUUAAGUACGUACUGUACACGCGAAUCCAUUCAAUCUCUUCGGCAUCCCAACGAUAGCGAAAUCUCAUGCCUCUCACCCUUCUUCUUCACGCCUUUUCCUUUCUCUGAUUCUGAAUCUUCACUCUGUUUCCCCUGAUUCAUCUCUUUCGCCCUGUACCUCUAGUAAUGAAGCACAAGACCCACUCCCUUUCCCCCACUCGCCGACUUAAGCUCCUUCUACUCUGCCUCAUCCUUCUUCUCGCCCUCCUCUGUCUCUAUUAUGGAUCCUCUCUCGCACCCAGUUCGCGUAGAUCUGAUGCCGAGGAUUCCUUCGGCUCUGAUCCGGUUCUUGGUGCGGUCGGUGUCAGUCGCGAUGUGGGUCACUUGCAUGAACUUCCGGAGCUCAAUCUCGAGGUCCCUGGGAGCAUUCCUAUCUGUGAUGAACGGUAUUCAGAGUUGAUACCUUGUUUGGAUAGAAACCUUAUUUACCAAUUGAAAUUGAAGCUCAAUUUGAGUUUGAUGGAGCACUAUGAGCGGCAUUGCCCCCCUCCUGAACGCCGCUAUAAUUGUCUCAUUCCUCCUCCUACUGGUUACAAGAUCCCAAUAAGAUGGCCAGCGAGUAGGGAUGAAGUGUGGAAGGCAAACAUACCGCAUACACACCUUGCACAAGAAAAAUCAGACCAGAACUGGAUGGUUGUGAAUGGGGAUAAGAUCAAUUUUCCUGGAGGUGGCACUCAUUUUCACUAUGGAGCUGAUAAGUAUAUCAUUGCACUUGCGAAGAUGCUUAAGUUCCCUGGUGAUAAGCUCCACAAUGGUGGAAAUUUACGGAAUGUCCUAGAUGUGGGCUGUGGGGUUGCAAGUUUUGGAGCAUAUCUUCUUUCACACGAUAUUAUUGCUAUGUCUCUGGCUCCUAAUGAUGUGCACGAGAAUCAAAUACAAUUUGCACUUGAGAGGGGUAUUCCAUCAGCUCUUGGUGUUUUGGGAACAAAAAGACUCCCCUAUCCUAGUAGAUCAUUUGAGUUGGUUCAUUGUUCUCGAUGUCGAAUUGAUUGGCUACAGAGAGAUGGAAUCCUCUUAUUAGAACUUGACAGGUUAUUGAGACCUGGAGGUUAUUUUGCUUACUCCUCCCCUGAAGCUUAUGCACAUGAUCCAGAAAAUAGAAGGAUCGGAAUUGCUAUGAAUGACCUCCUGAGGAGGAUGUGCUGGAAAGUUGUUGCUAAAAAGGAUCAAACUGUUGUAUGGGCUAAGCCAGUGUCUAACAGCUGUUAUUUGAAAAGGGCUCCUGGGACUCUUCCACCUUUGUGUGAUUUGGAAGAUGAUCCAGAUUUGACUUGGAACGUGUCAAUGAAAGCAUGCAUUUCCCGAUACUCUAAAAAAAUGCACAGGCUAAAAGGAAGUGGACUAAUUCCUUGGCCACGUAGACUUACUUCAGCUCCUCCCCGUCUUGAAGAUGUUGGUGUCAGUGCAGAAGAAUUCAAAGACGACAGUAAUGUUUGGCAACUUAGAGUGGCAGAAUAUUGGAAAGAAAUGAGAGUUGUUUUACAGAGGAACUCCAUCAGAAAUGUAAUGGAUAUGAAUUCCAAUCUUGGGGGGUUUGCUGCUGCACUAGUUAAUGAAGCUGUCUGGGUGAUGAAUGUUGCUCCUGUCAAUUCAUCUGCAAAAUUAAAGAUUGUUUAUGAUAGAGGCUUGUUGGGAACUGUUCAUGAUUGGUGUGAAGCAUUUUCCACAUAUCCUCGCACCUAUGAUCUUCUUCAUGCAUGGGCUGUAUUUUCGGAAAUUAGUGCUCGUGGCUGCAGUAUGGAGGAUCUAAUAAUCGAAAUGGAUCGGAUUCUAAGGCCAGAUGGAUUUAUCAUUAUACGAGAUGUUCCUUCUGUCAUAAACUAUAUACGGAAGUAUGUUACAGCCUUAAGAUGGGAUGAAUGGUUAUCAGAAGUGGAACCUAGGAUUGAUGCUCUUUCCAAAGUAGAAGAAAGAGUUCUAAUUGCAAGAAAGAAGCUGUGGGGGAAGGAAUUAGCAACAGUUUGAUUUUGCUGCACUUUUCAGGGAGAGGUUUUCACACUCUUGUAAAGAAUGCUUCGUUCUCCUUCCCAACCAAUGAGGGAUCUCACACUUCCGUCUUCAAUCAAGCAGACUGUUAGCUUGUGUUCUGCCUGCUUCUUUUAUCCAAUAAGGUGUGACGACAAAAAUCAUAUGGUUAUAUCAGAAUACAAUUGCCAGAAAGGAUGAGAUCCCAUUGAGAGACUCCCAAAGAAGAAAUUUGAUGGAAACUUUCUUUAUUUAGAUAAGAGAAGCUCCCAUUGAGAGAAUCCCAAGGAAGCACUUCAACUUGAAACCUUGAAUCUCUCCUUUUCAUCUUCAUUAGUAGGAUCGUUUUUGGUCACUGGUAGAUUAUGAAUUUAUACUUCAAGGCUGUUUCUGUUCUCUGUAAAAUGCCAUUUUUGUCUACCCUUGUAGGAAAACCAAGUAUUACAUAAUUUAUUAGCCCUCAGCUCCGAGUUGAAAAUGAAGAUUGGAGAGCAGCUUGGAUCCACAGAUAUAUUUGCAGUGGCCAUUUUCCCAAUGACUUCCCCAGUAAUUGUUGCUGAAGACGAUGAAGAAGAUGAAUAUGGAAUGAUACAAGUAAGUACUCCACGAAAAUAGUCAUUUUGCAGAAUGCACCAGAUUGAGGCAAUACCAUGACAAUAGUCAUUUUUGGCUUAGUUGCAUACAAGAAGAUUUUCCCUUUUUUUUUUUAACAAAUAAUUUUAGGUCGGAGUCGACCGAUAGCUAUUUUAUUUUCAUUGUUAAUGAGUAACCACGUCUUUAUUUUGUCAUUUACAUUUCUUUUAUCUGAACACUAAUAUUUUUAGAAUA